GACAGAAAAUUUGAAGAAAACAAACUUUUUUAUUUACCAGAGAUAACAAGACUACUAUUUUAGGGAAAGAGGACCAGGACACCGCUUGAAAGGCACUGCUUCUCAGUGUCCUAGAAACUAUUAUCGGAAGAUAGGUAAUAGAAAAAAGAAGCCUUUUGGGGUCUCGUUAGCAAGCGUUACCUUUAAGGAUGUAGUUCACACUUUUGAAAAAGCAUUUUCAAAAAAUUUUCAGUUUUCAUUUUUUUGUUUCAUUCUACGCCAAAAUUAUCGUAGAAUUCGGUAGAAAUAGUUAUUUUGACAACCACAUUGAGGUUUAGACACAAUUAACUUGUUUUUCGACAGUAGUCGGAAGUUUAUUCCUUAGCAACGACUUUUUAGCGUUGCUAAGGAGCUCAUUUUUGUGUCUUUUUGUAAGAAAUUACCCCCAAGCCUGCAGGCUUUCCCUGUGGAAUGAUAAACAUCUUAUGAACACCCUGUGGUAGCCUCUUUUGCGAUCAGAGGCUGAGAAACACGCCAAAUUCGCACACUUUACAGUCACUUAGAUGUUGGAUUGCGAAACGGAAUACAAAUUUAUUCUGAUAAUGCCUUUAUUGAAUCGAUAUUAUAAGUAAAACAUGCCACCGAAUAAAAGAAGGGCUCUAGCAAGUAGAGUUAAGAGGAAAAGGAGGUUUUUUGGCAUUCGCAAGCAGGAUAUUGCUAGUAGACUUGAAUCUGACACUCGGCCUAGGCCUAGUGACGAUAUGGAGCCCAGUUCGUCUUUCACACCAAUGAGCUCAGUUCAAUCUAGGACAGCACAAAAAUUGUUGAAUUCGUCGUUUGAAGAACUAAAUGAUAGUAUGAGGGUGCUUACAAGAAGAUCAUCGAAGAAAAUGGGCCUUUCUAAGCAAAAGCAAAUUGAACAAGCUGAUGGUUUCACUAUUAUUGAUCUGUCUCUGCUCCAAGAAGCUUUGCAAUCCUCUACCAAUUGUAGAGCUUGUAAAAGAUCAGAUUCUCAGUUGAAGAUCUUGAAGGAUAGCAGAAAGAAGCAUGAGCUUGCUGAGACAUUGAUCAUUAAGUGUUCUUGUUGCUCAGCAGAGACAAUCUUCCACACCAGCAAAAAGUUAGACAAAGGUAAAUUCGAAGUAAACACAAGAUCAGUCAUGGCAUGCAAUUCUUUGAAAGGUGGACGAAAAAUUCUUUCAAAUUUUUGUGGAAUGAUGAAUUUACCUUCACCACUAACUAGUGCUUCCUAUGCAAGGCAGUUGAAGUCUUCUGCCAAAAUUUCAAGAGAAGUUGCUGAAAAACAGAUGAAGGAUGCAGCAAAUCGUCUCAAGAAAAGUGUUUUGGAACAGAAUCCCAAUGCCUAUCUAGAUGACAUGGAUGAUACUAUUUCUGUUGCUGUCAGUGUUGAUGGAACAUGGCAAAAACGAGGAUACUCUUCUAAGUAUGGAGUCGUUGUCGUGGUUCUAAUGGAAACUGGCGAGGUUGUCGAUUUUGAAGUAUUGUCAAUGCAUUGCCAUGAAUGCAGAAAACAUCAACAUGAAAAUAAAGAUAGUGAAGCUUUUAAAAGAUGGAAAGCAAAACACGAUGCCUCUUGUCAAAUAAAUUAUGAAGGUUCAUCUGGUGGUAUGGAAGGAAUUGGUGCAGCCAGAAUUUUCCUAAGAUCAAUUGAAGGAAAGGGAUUAAAAUAUACAACUUUUAUUGGAGAUGGUGACAGUGACACCUUCAAGGUUGUGAGUAAGGAAUUGGAAAGAGCUUAUGGAAGCAGGUAUCAGGUUGUAAAGGAGGAAUGCAUAGGACAUAUACAGAAGCGUAUGGGAAAUGCCCUAAGAACACUUCUGAAAGAAAUGAAAGGUAAAAAGAUGUUAGAUGGGAAAACAAUAGGUGGUAAAGGGAGAUUGACAAAAGAAAGAAUUGACAGUUUCCAAAGGUAUUUUGGUAAUUCCAUAAGAGCCAACAGAGGUAACCUGGUUCAGAUGCAGAAUGAUGUUUGGGCAAUUUUUCACCAUUCAGUCAUGCCAGCAACAGCAUCUACCCUUAAUGAUCAGCACAAAUUUUGCCCUAAAGGCAAAGACUCUUGGUGCAAAUUUAAUGCAGAGCUAAUUACUGGCAAGAAGAGUUAUGAUGGAAGCAAAAGAUUACCAAGCUCCUUUUUUGACAUUUUAGAGCCUAUCUUCAAAAGAUUGACAUCAAAGGAUUUGCUUGAGAGAUGCCUGAAAGGUGUAACGCAAAAUGCAAAUGAGAGUCUAAACCAUAUGAUCUGGGAAAGGUGUCCCAAAGCAACCUUCUGUAGCAAAGUUAGAAUAGAGUCUGCAGUAUCAGAAGCAGUUUGCUGUUUUAACACUGGUGCUGGAUCAAGGGCACUAAUGUUAAAAGAAGCUGGAAUUGAGGAUAUUGGAGAGGAAUCUUUGAAGUCUCUUCAGAAGGAAGACCACAUUCGCCAAAUUUCUGCAGCACAGAAAGUCACUUCAAAGUAUAAAAGUUGGCGAAUAAGUAGAAAAAGGACCAAAACUAACAUGAAAAGAUCUGAAAAAGAACAUUAUGAACCUGGGGCCUUUGACAGUAGAGGUGAAAAGCCAAUCUCAACUAAAAGAAGAAAGAGAAAUCAGUACUCUGAUUGCAACAAACAAAAUAAAGUUGACCAAUCUGUUUCUGAUGACGUAAUAACAGACAUCCCAAUAACAUUUGCAGUUCCUUUGGAGAAUAUAGUGAACAUUUGAAAACUUAUUAGCAAAAUAAGUAUAUUAAAACCAGAGGUCAGACAUCCCUGGCCAAAAGGCCCAGAAUGCACAGGCUUCAGAACAAACUGUCAAGACGAGUGCUGCCAUCGUCAAGAAUGACGUCAGUCCUCCUGCGCCCGCACCAGCCCCCGUGGAUACUCCUGCACCGCAACCCACAACGGAAAAAGACGGCAACAAGCGAAAGGUCGUUUUCUGCCAAGAAGAGAAGGAAUGGCUGCAGUGCCCCAUGUACCGUGUCAUCAAAAUCAACAAAGCAUUCUGGGGACGUAAAGAUCACACGUCAUGCAGUGACAAAGCGGUAACGAGAACGCUGAAAACUGAAAAGCUGUGCGCUCAAGACGAAGCAAACACGAUGAAGAAAGUUGAGACCAUGUGCAACGACGAAGAGGCCUGUGAACUGGUUGCUUCAGAGACCUUCUUCGACAGAGCUGAUUGUCCUGAUGUUUACAAAUACGUUGAAUUAGAGUACGAAUGUCUACACAGGGAAAUGAGGAUUAAGGAAACUGGCUCAUCGUGAAAAAGUAGUAGGAAAGUUGGAUGAUUAAGAAAUACUCCUAAAUACUAGAUAUGUUUUAUGGGACAUGGCAAAAUUAGUCUUGACCCAGCGAAAAUGCGCAAUUUUUAACAAAAUGUUGGACCAAUUUUUUAUUAACAAAUAUCAACGUGAGAGCCAGAAUUUUUCAUUUAAAAAAAAGGUGAAAAUGCUUACGAGUCGUUUUGUGUGUGAAAAAAAUGAAAUUGCGAUCACAGUUAAAGAAAUAAGACGACACACAUUGAUGUGAAAAUUAUACAUGAUAAAAUAUGAAAUCUCAGCUAUUCUCUUUUCAAGCUAUAUAUUAGCAAGAUGUAAAAUACUUCUCUUCAGUGUUGUUAUGUAAUUUAGAAUUUACUUAUAUUUUCUGUAUAAGACCUUUGGACGAUCCGGUUUUUCUUAUAUCCUGAAUAAAAUUUUCUCUGUUUUUAAUGUGAGGUUUGUAAUGUGAAGUCAUAAAACAAGGGUGCGAAUCUAUCAGUUUCGAUUUAAACGAAAUAGAUACUUCACCGUGUGUAACAAUUUUAGCCUCGUUACAUGAAGUACCUGUUUUGGUUAUUAAAGAGAUAAGUUGUAAAAUAAAGAAUCUUGUUUUUAUAAAGAUUGUCUGAUUAGAAGAAAUUAUAAA